UCAAUCGUCCCCACGAUGCCGCUCCUCCUCCUCCUCAUGCUGCUCGCCGCCGGCGCGGCGGCGGCGGCGGAGGCGGCGACCCCGUCGCUGCCCAUCGGCGUCAACUACGGCGCCAACGCCGACAACCUCCCGACUCCGACCGCCGUGGCCGCCUUCCUCGCCAGCAAGACCACCAUCGACCGCGUGAAGCUCUUCGACGCCAACCCGGCCUUCAUCUCCGCCUUCGCCGGCACGCCCAUCUCGCUCGCCGUCUCCCUCCCCAACUCCGCCCUCCCGGCCCUCGCCGACAAGUCCACCGGCCUGGACGCCGCCCGCUCCUGGAUCCGGGCCAACCUCUCCCCCUUCGUCCCCGCCACGAACGUCACCCUCCUCCUCGCCGGCAACGAGAUCCUCCUCUCCACCGACACGAACCUCAUCCUCUCGCUCCUCCCGGCCAUGCGCCGCCUCGCGCAGGCGCUCAAGGCGGAGGGCCUGACGGGUGUCCGCGUGACCACCCCGCACUACCUCGGCAUCCUCGCCCCCUCCGACGGCAUCCCCUCCAACGCCACCUUCCGCGCCGGGUACAACGAGAAGCUGUUCCCGGCGAUGCUCCAGUUCCACCGCGACACGGGGUCGCCCUUCAUGGUGAACCCGUACCCCUACUUCAGCUACAACGCGCAGACGCUCAACUACGCGCUCUUCCGCCCCAACGCCGGCAUCUACGACCCGGCCACCAAGCUCAACUACACCAGCAUGCUGGACGCGCAGGUGGACGCCAUCUACACCGCAAUGAAGAAGCUCGGCUACGGCGACGUCGACAUCGCCAUCGGGGAGGCCGGCUGGCCCACGCAGGCCGAGGCGGGCCAGAUCGGCGUCGGGGUGAAGGAGGCCAGGGACUUCAACGAGGGCAUGAUUAGGGUCUGCAGCAGCGGCAAGGGCACGCCGCUCAUGCCGGGGAAGAAAUUCGAGACAUACCUUUUCUCACUCUUCGACGAGAACCAGAAGCCAGGGCCAAUCGCCGAGAGGCACUUUGGCUUGUUCAAUCCGGACUUCACGCCUGUGUACGACCUCGGAUUACUCCGGGAAGGCUCGACUGUGGCUCCGAACCCUGCACCAAACCCAUCGCCGAACCCUAGCCCUAAACCCUCGCCUUCAGGAGGCGGGAAGUGGUGCGUCGCCAAGACUGGCGCCAAUGGGACCGACCUGCAGAAUAACAUCAACUACGCCUGCGGCUAUGUGGACUGCAAGGCGAUACAGAGCGGCGGCGCGUGCUUCGAUCCAAACAACUUGCAGUCUCAUGCCUCCUUCGCGAUGAACGCCUACUACCAGGCCAACAGUGACAGCGCCUCGGCCUGCGACUUCAAGGGCACAGGCAUCGUCACCUCCAGCGAUCCCAGUUACGGGAGUUGCAAGUACGUCUCCUGACGGUACGCAGCAAGCCACGGCAGUGCGAGGGCAAGGGCGCCAGCCUCGAGCCCACUACUAGCUCCAGCUCGGAGCCGCGUCAGCGGUAACGACGGUGGACUGUUGAUACUGCCUGGCUUGCGCCACAUUCUUCUAUACUCGUGUCUGACAGCCAUGCUUCUUCUUCCUUUCUAGUCAUAAGUUGUCGAUGAUCGCCUCUUAGCUUAGCGCAUAUAGAGGGAGAAAACUAAGGAAAACAAAAUGGAAUGGUGUAUUCCAUUGUAGCGUGUGAAUGUGAUGUUGGGCCGUACCGCAUUAAUUUAUUCUUCGUUUUCAUCUGUUGUUGUCAUUCUAUUCUUAUGUAGAAAUACAAGAAACAAACAGAUGAAGCCUCCUUGUCUGUGUGAUCGUUA